CAGGAAGUGAUUCCUCUGGGUCUGAAUUAUGCAGCAAGAUGAACCCAGAUUACAUAAGAAAGCUUCUGUACACAAUGGAACAAGGGGCCUCCACCUUCACGGGAAAGACACAAUUGAUCCUCCUGUCUCUGAUGGAGGUUCUGACCUCUUGUCCCCCAAAAGGAGACUAGAGCCCCUCAGUGAAGAUGGGAGUUCAGAUGUAGAUGUUCUAGAUCUGAGUCCAGGAACAAGGUUGGUGAAGAGGCCCUCACAGAAGAAGAAAAGACGUAAAAAGACCAAGAACGUGGAAGCAAUGGAUGGAGGUUCUGACCUCUUGUCCCCCAAAAAGAGACUAGAGCCCCUCAGUGGAGAUGGGAGUUCAGAUGGAGAUGUUCUAGAUCUGAGUCCAGGAACAAGGUUGGUGAAGAGGCCCUCAGAGAAGAAGAAAAGACGUGAAAAGACGGUGGAAGAAAUGGAUGGACGUUCUGACCUCUUGUCCCCCAAAAGGAGACUUGAGCCCCUCAGUGAAGAUGGGAGUUCAGAUGUAGAUGUUGUAGAUCUGAGUCCAGGAACAAGGUUGAUGAAGAGGCCCUCACAGAAGAAGAAAAGACGUAACAAGACCAAGAACGUGGAAGCAAUGGUGCCGCCCACAGUAAAGGUGAAGGUGAAAGACCGUGGAGGGAAGCAGAGAGGAGUAAAGGUGAAGAGACCGUGGAAGGAAGCAGAGAGGAGUGCGGUAAACAAACACAUGGAAAAGUUUAUAGCAGAGCGCCGCCUUCCAGGUAAAGAACACUGCAUGCGAUGCAUAAAGAGGAGGAAGCCUUGGGUCAAAGGUCCUGGAAGGAUGUAAAGAAGUUUGUGUACAACACAAAUGUUACGUUAAACCGGAGGGGUGCUACACGGCAGCUUCAUCUUUGAAGAUCUGUGUUGUGCAAUAUAAUGUUGUGUUCUAGUUGUCUGGUGC